CUUAAUUGACAGCUGUUUUUUAUUGUGAUAGUCAGCAAUUCAUAAAAACGGGAAAGAAACAUUUAAUUCGCUGCUGUGAAAUCAAAAACCCACAAUUUCCAAUCGCCUGAUUUCGAGUUACCCCCGUUAGAAUGUCCCUGCAAACGGGCUUGGUUUUCAUUUUCACCAUAUUAGCCUCUGUUAGUAUCGUCGCAGCGAUUAUUUUGUUGGGCUGGUUCCUCAUCUGGAAGGCGUUCCUAUCGAAAUUCCGUCUGGUUCGAGAGUUGUUGGGUCAAGAGGAGCCGGAGGAGCAGCAGCCACUCGCUUGGGAUCACCAGAAUCUGCAGCCACAUCAGCCGGGAAGAGCCAGGAAAGCUCGCAGAGAUUAGGAAUAGAGUA